AUGCCGUGUGCAGGGAGAUAUUACUGGGGGAUAGGUAGUGGGAUAUCAGCUUUUGUUGGUAUUACUGUUGGCGUGUGUGUAUAUUUAUGUUGCCGAAAGAGACAACGCACUGCCAAUACUAUACAAAAUGGUCCCUUAUCAACGGUUACGUAUGGAAAUAAUGGUGUUCAGACGUCUCAGAUGCAACCUGGUGUCAAUUAUCCAAUUUAUCCAGGACAACAGAAUAUGGGCUAUUCACCGUAUUCAGAAAAGCCAGUUGGACCCCCAGAGUAUGCAGCUGAUCCACCACCUUAUGACAGUGUUGUUAAUUCAAAAUAAAGUGUUCCUGUCUCUAAGAUGAAUUUGUAUAAUAAAGAUAUUGAAAUUGGUUUCCUACAUUCAGAUACAUAUAAAGAAAUUACAAGAACAAAGAUAAUCUUUCGUGUGGGAAAAAACAUUUGGGAAAAUAUUUUUAUUAUGGGUUAAUUUUUUUAAAAUCGUUCAAAUAACACUGUUCUUCAAUGUGAGGGUUCCUUUAGUCGGUAAUAAAUAAUUGAAGCUAGAUCUGAAUAAUAAAUAUAUUGAAGCAUCAUUUUCAAACUUUAUCUACAAAUCGACCCAUCCAUUUAAUUACUUAAUAAAUCGUUAUAUAACAAGCUACUAAUUGUUAUUACAAUCCAGUUGUUAAAGUUGAUAUUAACGGUCCUGCUGUUGAUAGAAUUCAACAUUUGUCCAUUUAACGUAUGUCCAUAUCAUUGAAAUUUCAAGUCUGCCUCAUUUCAGGAAAUAUGUUUUUACAAUGUUCCAGGUAAUUCUUUCAGAGAGUUACAUCAGUCAUCAGGUACUUUGUAUUAGUUAAUUCUUGAGAGGUUUGAUGUUGAAAUAUUUUCAGAACUUGAUAGUUUUUUGGCUCAAAUUAUUUACAUUGACACUUGGUGGAUAUUUACAUUAACCAAGGCAAUACAAAUUUAUGCACAUGUACUUACUGGAUAAAUACCAUGACAAUCAAAAUAUAACCGUGUCAAUAAAAAUAUUUCAAUUGAUUCUUAAUGGAUAAAUACCUUGACAAUCAAAAUAUUUACAUUCAAACCAGGUUGAUAUUUACCAAUCAAAAUAUUACAUCGACAAUCAAAAGAUUUCCAUCGUGGAUAUUUACCUCCACAAUCAAAUAUUUUAAUAUUGACUACGUUCCUUUUGCGACACUUGUUGGAUUGUUCACUUAAUUAGUAUAUUUUCCUUGAUGGAUAUUUACCAUUAUUUUUAUUGAAAAAUAACGUAAAUAGAUAAUAAUGUAAUGUAUAAGUUAUAUACAUGAAGUUGUUUUGAUUAUUGUAUAUUAAUUAAUUUUGUAAUAAAACUAGUCUUC